AAGAUUAUCGGAUAGAGAGGUUUUAAAAUUACAAAUUUAAAUUAGCAGAAAUAAAUUUUGUAUUUAUAAUCAAGCUUAGCUUUUGAGUUGAUAUCAUUUAUUUAUUUAUUUUUAUUAAAAAGAUAGAAAAAUAAUUUGAUUAAUCAUAGAAUUAUUCAUUAAAAUUUCAAGUUAAAAGUUGUUAUCAAUAAAUUUCAAUCAUAAAAAUAUUUAGCGUUAAUUUGGGCAAGUAAUUUUUAAAAGAUGGAUAAUGAGCUAUUUUUAGAUAAUUUUGAUAUGAGUCCUAUCUGCGCAAUAGGUACUCCUUAGUCAAAAUCUGAAACACCUGUUCAUAAUUAUAGAUAUCCUGUUAAAAUAAACUUGUAAUACAACCCAAUUGAAUUACCCGUAAGGAGAGCAAAUAACGACUAUGGUUUUGAAAAUGACGAAGUUUUAAGCUAACCAAAAUAUAAAGUUAUAAAAUUCAAUUCAAGCAGAGAUAUUCAGCAAGGAAGCAUCAGAGACUUUUCUGAAAAUUUUGUUUCAAAAACUAUUCCAGUGGAGAAAACUUUUGUAAGGAUUAACUAUUUAAAGAACAAGGAGAAAGAAGUUAAGACUGUUGAAGAUAUUGUAGGAUGCUCAACGAUUUCUACAGUUAACUAAUCUUGUAAUGAAAAAAGCUAAGUAGUCAAUCCAUAAAAAAAAUAGAAAGAGAAAAUUAAAAAAGCAAAUCUUUCUAAAUCAAUAUCUAAAACAACAAUAACUGAUACUUCAAAAAAUUAAGCUUAGAGCUACAAAAAAAGAUCUUCCAUUUCUAAUUCUUCUAAAUGUGCCCUACCAUCUGCAAGAUCGAUGAGUAAGAAAGGAGGUAACACUCCUAGUAAAAAUAAUUCGAUGAGUGAAAGAAAAUCAAAUAAAAAAAAUUAUUAAACAAUUAUUAGAACAAAAUCACCUUCCCAUAAAUUAGUAAAUAACAGUUCAUCAAGUUGCUGCAGUUGUUGUAAAAGUCAUGCAUCUCCUCUUUCAUCUUCAGAAAAAAAUAUGGUUUUACCUUCUGAAGGUGGGUAAUCUUCAGUAUAUCACUCCAUAUCGCAAAGAGCUCAGUCUGUUAACAGCAAAAAAAGUAAUUAAAGAUCAAGUUUUAACAUCCAUUUUGAUCUAAGUUCUGAGUGGAAUCAUAAAAGCAGUAUUCUCAGUUAAAGUGGAUAAAAUAGAACAAGUGAGUACCUUUAAAAAAAAUUCUAAUAGAUAUUUGAAAGGAAGCAAGAAAAGAUUUAAAUUAAACAAAUUUAACAUGCUGACAAAGCCAUGAGAAACGAGCUUUAUGGAAUGUUUUCUCGUUAAUCUAGAGAUAUGAGAUAAAAAAAGCUUUAGGAGUUAUCUAUGUUUGAGUAGAUGUAAAAAUAGCUAAUAUAAACUGUUGAUCCUGAAAAAAUCUAGAAAGUCCAGGAAAUAGUUAGAUAAUCUAUUGAGAAAUAUUCACUAUAAAAAUAGACUGAAAAGGAAGAAUAAGAAUAAAAAGAGAACUAAAAAAAAGAAUUGAUUAAGAAAAUAAAGGAGUAUGAUUAAAAGGUCAAACAAAAUAAUUAUUUAGUUUCAGAAAGAAAAUCUAAAAGUAGAGAAAAUAGCCAAAAGAAAGACAUUUAAUAUAAGCCAUGGGGUAUUGACUAACGUAAAUUUGACAGUAAGCCAGCUGAAGUAAAUAAAGUAAAAAUAGUCAAGAAAGACUAAAUUGAUCUAAAAGUCUUGUUUAGUAAGAAUGAAACAGUUAAUUAACUGCUAAAGUAAAUAAAGAAUGAAUAAAAAAAGAAAUAAUCUGAAGAUCAAUAAGUUUAACCUAAAAAAAAUUAGCAUUCACAAUCUUCAAAUGAUAUUAGAUAAGAAAAAAAAAUAGAUGCAAAUGAGUUUAACAAAAAAAUGGAAGAAAGGCUGCAAAAGAUUAUUGAAGAGAAAAAAAAUAAAGCAAACGAGCUUAAAGUGAAAAAGCAAGAUUUAAAUCAUAAACUAAGCAAAAUAGAAUAAGUAAGAAAAGAAAGUAUCUCUAAAUGCAGGAAAGUACCAUUUAAGCCAACCUAAGAAUAAAUAGAAAAAGCAUUCAAUAAUAUACAAGAAGAAAAUUAAUAGAAUUUAUCAAAUCAAUAAAACCAAGAAAUCUAAAAAAACUAAAACAUUCAAGUUAAAAUAAAUAAUGAGCCAAAUACAAAAAGCAAAAGUAAAAACAAAAAGUCUAAAAUUUACGCAUAAGUUUGA